GCUGCUCUCACCGACACCCAUUAUACGGACAGCACCCUCUACGGCCCUCCAGACAUGUCCCAAAGCUUGACAGUGAACGCUAACAGCGAGCCGUACGCUGAUCUCCCGCCGAUGUGCGUUGCCCUUUUCGAGGCAAAGGCGAAGAAGGGUGCUACCUUCGACCAGAUCGCCAAGGCUAUCGGUCGGGAUGAAGUCUGGGUCGCGGCGAUGUUCUACGGACAGGCAAAGCUUUCAGAGGAGGAACUGGCAAAGCUAUCACAGUUCCUCGAGAUUCCGCACUCGGACUUGGCGGCUGAACUUGGGGCGAACUGGUGGCCGCGCCGCGGUCUCGGGCCGAUGCCUCCCACUGACCCUGUUCUGUAUCGUCUGUACGAGGGCGUCCUUGUGUAUGGCAAUGCCAUCAAGGCUGUCGUCCACGAGAAGUUCGGCGACGGUAUCAUGUCCAUGAUCGACUGCAAGGUCAACGUGGAACGCAAGCCGGAUCCGAAGGGUGAUCGUGUGCUGCUGAUUUUUGACGGCAAGUUCUUGCCGUACCUCAAAUGGUGAACGAUCUGUACCGAAGGCGAUUAGGACCCAAGUGUACCUGUAUGCAUGUAACAAUGAGCAUCAAAUGAUCAGCGCAAUGUGUAAUCCUAGUUCGUCGUCGCGAUGCGCAAUAGAUCUGUAUGAGCAGCAAACAACGAGCAGUUAUUGCUAAAGAAUCCCAUAUAUUCGAUGCA